AUGGCCGCCAACAACAAUCCGCAUUCUCUCACUGAUCAGAAUGCAAAUUCUAUGCCUCCGCUUAUUCUUGAUCAUCAAUUCUCCACUACCACUGCUCUUAGGCUUCUGGUCGUUGAUCAUGAUCCUGAACACUUAAGACUUAUUCAAGAUAUGGCUUUUCAAUGCAACUAUCAAGUGACCACAUGCUUCGAGGGUUCUUAUGCUUUGAAUCUUCUUCGGGAGAGCAGUGGGUGUUUCGAUGUGGUACUAUGUGAUGUUCAUAUGCCGGGGAUAAUGGAUGAUGGUUCUCGGUUACUUGACCAUGUUCUCCAAGAAUUCAAUAUUCCUGUCGUAAUGAUGUGUGCAACAGAUGAUGAGUCAUCAAGUGCAGUGAUGGAGGGUAUGAAAAAGAAAGGGGCUUGUUAUAAUUUAGUUAAACCUCUUAGCGAGCAAGAUUUGAGGAACAUAUGGCAGAAUGUGGUGGAGAAAACCCAGAAAGAAGUUUGCUAUGAUGAUGAAAGCAAAGAAACAGUGAAUAGAAGGAAGAGGAGCUUAUCAACUGAAAGCGAUGGUCAUGAUCAUGAUGUUCAGCCCAACACUCCCAGCAAGAAGCCACGUUUUGUUUGGACCGAAGAAAGGCAUCAAAUGUUCGUCGAUGCUGUACUCCAACUAAGGAUUGAUAAAGCUGUGCCAAGGAAAAUUCUAGAAUUGAUGGAUAUCCCUGAUUUGACAAGGGAAAAUGUAGCAAGCCAUCUCCAGAAAUAUCGGAUGCAUCUUAAGAAGAAAAGUGAGGAGACUAAACAAACAAAUAGUGAUGGGAAGAUAAAUGUUAAUAGAGAAGCUAACAAGCAACUUUGUGCACCAUUGAGGGUUCAAGCUUCCACCAACAUUCCUCAAAUUACACAAAUACUUCCCCUUCAUCACCAAUAUUAUUCUUCGUUAUCUGUGCCAAAAUAUGAUCCCGUUAUUAUGGCAUCAAAGUGUGAUCAUCAUUUCCAUCAUCAGCCUCAACCCAUUGUUAGUGCUGUACCUCAUGCUUUGAUGAAAUCCCCUAAUAGUAAUAGUAAUCCCUUUGACAUCAACAACGGCAUUGUUGGAAGUAAUAUGACACUUAAUUAUCAGAAUAAUAAUAAUUAUGGUCGUUACAUUAUUCAACAAUCUAAUUAUAAUUAUCCGAUGAUGGCUCUUCAAUCAUGGGAUGGAGCUGCUUUUCAAGGGGGAAUGAGGGGAGAUAGUGGUGGCUGUAGGAGUGAUCUUCUCGUUGAUUACAAUGCAUAUUCAUCUUCUUCAUCAUCAUUAGCAUCAGCCCCACUUGAUCAUUAUCAUCGUCAAAUGAAUAAUUCAGUCAGGAAAGUGGUGGCAUUGCUGAUAUCCUCAAUGAUGGCUAUAUUCCAACCUCAUCACUUGAUAAUACUAAAAUAA